AUGCAGCCAGAGAUUCCAGAAAAUAUCAGUUUUCCUACCAUCGAGGAGGAAGUGCUGGCCUUUUGGAAAAAAGUUAAAGCAUUUGAGACGUCUUAUGAACUGUCAAAGGGGCGGCCAAGGUACACAUUCUAUGAUGGACCACCAUUCGCCACUGGUUUGCCCCAUUAUGGGCACAUCCUCGCCGGUACGGUCAAGGACAUUGUGACCAGGUGGGCCCAUCAGAGUGGCUACCAAGUUGAGAGGAGGUUUGGGUGGGAUUGCCAUGGCUUGCCUGUUGAAUAUGAGAUUGACAAACAGUUGGGGAUAAAAAGUCCAAAAGAUGUCCUUGACCUUGGAAUCGACAAGUACAAUGCUGAAUGUAGAAAGAUUGUCAUGAGAUAUGCCUCUGAAUGGGAGGAAAUAGUGACGCGUCUCGGACGAUGGAUAGACUUCAAAAAUGACUACAAGACAAUGUAUCCGUGGUUCAUGGAGUCGAUUUGGUGGGUCUUCAAACAACUCUACGAUAAGGGGCUGGUCUACAAGGGAUUUAAGGUGAUGCCCUUUUCAACAGCCUGCAACACACCGCUGUCAAAUUUUGAAUCAGGACAAAAUUACAAAGAUGUUGAUGACCCUUCAGUUGUGGUUGGUUUUCCACUUUUGGAUGACCCAUCCGUUGAGUUUGUGGCGUGGACCACCACCCCGUGGACCCUGCCCAGUAACAUGGCCCUCUGUGUCAACCCCGAACUAACUUACGUUAAGGUUAAAGACUUGAAACUUGCAAGAACAUACAUAAUGAUGGAGGAUAGGUUGUGCCAACUUUUUCAUAAACCUGAAGAUUACGAGAUAGUUGAGAGAUUCCCUGGAGCUAAGCUAGAAGGCAUUGAAUACACGCCAUUGUUUGACUACUUUGUUGAAAUGAAGAAGAACGGAGCGUUCAAGGUACUCGUGGAUGGUUACGUCUCAAACGAGAGCGGUACCGGCAUUGUCCAUCAGGCUCCAUAUUUCGGGGAGGAUGAUUACCGAAUCAGUCUGCGCUACAACAUCAUCAACAAAGACAUGAACCCCAUCUGCCCUAUUGACAUGAGUGGCAGAUUCGUCGAGCCUGUCUCGCAUUUCAUUGGUCAAUACGUUAAGGAGGCAGACAAAAACAUCAUCAAACAUUUGAAAGAACAUCAUCGACUCAUCCAGUCGCAAACCCACAAUCACAGCUACCCGUUCUGUUGGAGGUUGUCGGACACGCCGCUGAUAUAUAGAGCCGUUCCCAGUUGGUUCGUCCGCGUCGAGGAGUUCAAUGAGAAGUUGCUGCAGAGUAACAGUGCCUCUUACUGGGUGCCUGACUUCGUGAAGGAGAAAAGAUUUGGAAACUGGUUGAGGGACGCCCGUGAUUGGGCCAUCUCGAGGAACAGGUACUGGGGCACGCCCAUUCCUAUCUGGAUGAGUGACGAUGGGGAGGAGGUGGUCGUCGUGGGCUCCAUCAACGAGUUGAAGAUGUACACUGGCAAGGCGGAAAUCACUGAUCUUCAUAGAGAAAAUAUCGACCACCUGACCAUUCCCUCGAAGCGACCAAACCAGCCACCACUGCAUCGCGUCCCUGAAGUUUUCGACUGCUGGUUCGAAAGUGGUAGCAUGCCGUAUGCAGCCAGCCACUAUCCGUUUGAGGGCAAGAAGGAAUUUGAUGAAAGUUUUCCGGGAGAUUUUAUUGCGGAGGGCAUCGACCAGACCAGGGGCUGGUUCUACACCCUUCUCGUUCUUGGUACGGCCCUCUUCAGUAAGGCACCUUUUAAGAACCUCAUCUGCCAUGGACUUGUUUUAGCUGCAGAUGGUGAGAAGAUGAGUAAGAGGAAGCAGAACUACCCUGAUCCGAUGCAUGUGGUCGCCAACUACGGAGCUGAUGCAAUCAGGUUGUAUCUGAUCAACUCGCCGGUCGUUCGAGCAGACAACCUGCGAUUCAAGGAGGCUGGGGUCAGGGAUGUCCUCAAAGACGUCUUCUUACCGUGGUACAAUGCUUUCAAGUUCCUGCUGCAAAACAUUGAAAGACUACAGCGGGAGGAGGGCGUGGUGUUUGAGUACCACCACAGUGACGAUAUAGAGCAGGAGAACUACAUGGAUAGGUGGAUUAUGUCCUUCACGCAGAGCCUCAUCAAGUUCGUCCACCAGGAGAUGAAGGCCUACAGAUUGUACACGGUAGUACCACGCCUCUUGAAGUUUAUCGAUCAGCUGACCAACUGGUAUGUACGCAUGAAUAGGAGGAGAUUGAGGGGGGAGGGUACAGGUACUGCCACAGGGGGGUCCACAUCUUCCGUGGAUGAUUGCAGGCAGGCUCUAUUUACACUCUUCUCCGUUAUAUUCUCAAUGAUGAAAGUCAUGGCCCCAUUUGUGCCAUUUCUCACUGAGUAUAUGUUCCAGAGGUUGAAGCAGUACAUUGUAUUUGAUGGGGAGGUGAAAAAUUCUGAUAGCAUACAUUACCUUAUGCUGCCAAUUGCUAGGACGCAGUUGAUUGAUGUGUCCAUAGAGGCAGCUGUGUUAAGGAUGCAAGCAGUCAUCGACCUUGGAAGGGUCAUCAGAGAGAGGAAUGUCAUGCCCAUUAAG